AUGCUGGGCCCUCACUUCGCUCCCCCACCCCUCGCGCCCAGUGCGGGGAAGUCUGCCUCUUGCUCCUUCCAAAUCCCUGAUGGCAGCUACAGGUGUUUGGCUCUGGAGGCUGAGGAGAGCAGCAGUGAGGAGGGCCUGCAGGGAGAGGUGGGAGAGGGUCUCAUGGACCUGGAAGAAGAAGUGGCCAGAAGAAGCCAGGACAACGAUGCCUGCAGGACCAUCCAAGGGAUGUCAAGGCCACCCAGAGCUCUGAGCAUCCAGACACCCGGCUGCUCCUGGAAGGCACCAGGCUUGCCCCAGCAUGAUGACAGGGCCAGCCAGGACUGGGAUGUAGUAAAGGCCCAGCAGGUGAUAACAACCAGCCUCCACCCUGGCCCUGGUCCCAGGGUGGCUCAGAAACCAGCGUUGAGCCGGAGCACUAACGUCACCGAGCAGGAUCUGAAAGAAGCCAAAGUUCGGAGCCAGCGGAUCGCGGCCCAGCUGACCACCCCGCCCAGCGCCAGCUCCCGCGGGGUCCAGCUCUUCCACAGGCGCAGGCAAAGGGCGAACGAGUUCACCUUGGAAAGCCGAGGCCAGGGCCGCCGGAAGCCCGGCCAGGAGCCCCUCGGGGUGCACUGUGCCAGCCCCACGGGCAAUGCCCAGGGGCUGGACCUGAGUCCCACCUCCCCCCAGGAGCAAGGCCCCGGCCCCCAGAGCCUCCCCCGAGGGCGUCCGGGCCGCAGCAUGGAGGGGUACACCGCCGCCGAGGAGGACAGUCUACUGCGGCAUCUGGAGAAGGUAGCCAGUGAGGAGGAAGAGGUGCCGCUGGUGGUUUACUUAAAGGAAAAUGCAGCCCUGCUGACAGCCAACGGGCUCCACCUGUCCCAGAGCCGCGAGGCCCAGCCGGCGCCGCCCAGCCCUCCGCCUGCCCACGACGCACACGAUCCUCCGGAUGGAGCUGUGGAUCUCAACCAGAAUCUUCCCACACCCGACGCCCCGCUCACCACCCCGGCCUCCAAUUGCGCAGCUGCCGAGGACGCCAAUCAGAACCCCCCGGCCGAGGCCGCCCCGCAGGGCCGGCCGCAGAGCUCUCUCGAGGCCCAGCGCCCUCAGAAUGGCACAGCGCCCGACGCCAGCCCCAGCGCCCUCCGCUCGGAGGGGCAGCCCCAGGCCCCGGCGGAGGUGAGGGCCAGCGUGCUCCUUGUCGAUAAGGUGUCCACUCCGCCCGCGGCCGCCAACACCUGUUCCCGAGGAGCCUCCGCCAUCCCCAGCUCCGGGCCCGCCGUCCCGGACUUCAUGUCCAGCUCGCUGCUCGUCGAUGUCCAUCCGUCAGCAGAGCCGGAGCUGUCGGGGCGGCCGGCGGCCACCACCCCCACCAAGGUGUCCAGCGAGGUCCACCUCACCCUCGCCAGGCCCCAGCCCGUGGUCAACAGGACGGCCAGGCCUUUUGGCAUCCAGGCCUCGGGGGGCAGCGGCCACAUGGAGCGGAGCCCCAUGGUAGAGAGGCGACGCCUUGGGGAGAAGACCCCGGCCCCCCAGGCCUCCAGCGCGGCAGACCGGAGUCCCCGGCCGCAGAGACACGCCAUGUCCCACAGCCCCAUGGUGGAGCGGAGGCUGGUGGGGCAGCGGAGCCCGGUCCUGGAGCGGGGGCCCCUGGGGAGCUUCGCCCCACCUCCCACCUACGCCGAGACCUUGUCGGCUGCCCCCCUGACUUCCCGGGUUAGGUCUCCCCCUUCUUACUCUGCCCUGUACCCCAGUUCUGACCCCAGGCCCUCUCGUCCAAAGGGCCAGGCAGUGCCCUCCAGCAAGACGGGCAUCUUGGAGGAGUCGAUGGCGCGCAGGGGCAGCCGGAAGUCCAUGUUUACCUUUGUGGAGAAGCCCAAGGUGACCCCGAACCCCGACCUGCUGGACCUGGUGCAGACGGCGGAUGAGAAGCGGAGGCAGAGGGACCAGGGCGAGGCGGGCACCGAGGAGGAGCCCUUUGCCCUGGGGGCCGAGGCCUCCAACUUCCAGCAGGAGGCCGCGCGGGACAGGGCCAGCCCCGCCGCUGAGGACGCGGUCCCCGAGUGGGCCUCCUGCCUGAAGUCACCCCGCAUCCAGGCCAAGCCGAAGCCCAAACCCACCCAGAGCCUGCCCGAGGCCUCGGGGAGGGGCGCCGAGCUGUACGCGCGCCGCCAGUCGCGCAUGGAGAAGUACGUCAUCGAGUCUUCGGGCCCAGCGGAGCUGGCCCGCUGCCCGUCGCCCACCAUGUCCCUGCCCUCCUCCUGGAAGUACGCCAGCAGCGCGCCCGGGGGCUUCCGCGUGGCGUCCCUGAGCCCCGCGCGCACCCCGCCGGCCUCCCUCUACCACGGCUACCUGCCCGAGAACGGCGUGCUGCGCCCUGAGCCCGCCAGGCAGCCCUGCCACGCGCGGCCCUCGCUCUUCGCCCUCUCCCCUGUCAAGGAGCCCGCCAAGACCUUGGUCUCGCCCCGCUCGGCCUCCACCCGAGCAGCCUCGUCUCGCGCCGCCUCCCCUGCCAAGCCCAGUUCCCUGGACCUGGUGCCCAGCCUGCCCCGAGCGGGCCUCCCGCCUUCGCCCGCCCUGGCCCGGCCCUCGCGCUGCGCGCCGGGCCUCUACGCCUCCCCGGGCCAGGAUGGCCUCCAGCUCUCGGCCGUGAGCCCCACCUACGGCAGUGACGUCUCCCCCGUGUCUCCCUCCAGGGCGUGGUCUCCUCGAGCCAAGCAGGCCCCCCGGCCCUCCUUCUCCACCCGGAACGCGGGGAUCGAAGCUCAGGUGUGGAAGCCUUCCUUCUGCUUCAAGUAA